AACAGAUCGAUUGCCCUUGUGACUCCCCGCCCCCUUCCCACCCCACCCCCACCGCUCCCUCCCUCUUUCCCUCCCCCGCCACCUCCCCUCACCCCGCCUCCUUCCCGCUCCCCACCCCCAAACCCUCUCACCCGCGGCAGUCCGGUGCGAGGCCCCCUCCGGAAGGUGAGGGGAAUGGAUUGGACUCCGGUGGGGAAAGCGGGUGUCUAGAAGUGGUGCUAAUGGGAAGAGAAUUCUGGUUUCAAAAGAGGAUGCUCCGCCACAAAGAGCGGCUCGCGCGCUGGCCUGGGCUCUAGCGGAGGAGAGAUCCCGGGAGAACUCCAGAGCUCCGGGGGAGCGCUCCUCGGAAGACCGGGGCCAACAUGCCUGUGCGCAGGGGGCAUGUGGCACCACAAAAUACAUUUCUGGGGACCAUCAUUCGGAAAUUUGAAGGGCAAAAUAAAAAAUUUAUCAUUGCAAAUGCCAGAGUGCAGAACUGUGCCAUCAUCUAUUGCAACGAUGGGUUCUGUGAGAUGACUGGUUUCUCCAGGCCAGAUGUCAUGCAAAAGCCAUGCACCUGCGACUUUCUCCAUGGCCCCGAGACCAAGAGGCAUGAUAUUGCCCAAAUUGCCCAGGCAUUGCUGGGGUCAGAAGAAAGGAAAGUGGAGGUCACCUACUAUCACAAAAAUGGGUCCACUUUUAUUUGUAACACUCAUAUAAUUCCAGUGAAAAACCAAGAGGGCGUGGCUAUGAUGUUCAUCAUUAAUUUUGAAUAUGUGACGGAUGAUGAAAAUGCUACCUCUCCACAGAGGGUAAACCCAAUCUUACCAGUCAAAACUGUAAACCGGAAAUUUUUUGGGUUCAAGUUCCCUGCUCUGAGAGUUCUCACUUACAGAAAGCAGUCCUUACCGCAAGAAGACCCCGAUGUGGUGGUCAUCGACUCAUCUAAGCACAGUGAUGAUUCAGUAGCCAUGAAGCACUUUAAGUCUCCUACAAAAGAAAGCUGCAGCCCCUCUGAAGCAGAUGACACAAAAGCUUUGAUACAGCCCAGCAAAUGUUCUCCCUUGGUGAAUAUAUCCGGACCUCUUGACCAUUCCUCUCCCAAAAGGCAAUGGGACCGACUCUACCCUGACAUGCUGCAGUCAAGUUCCCAGCUGUCCCAUUCCAGAUCAAGGGAAAGCUUAUGUAGUAUACGAAGAGCAUCUUCAGUUCAUGAUAUAGAAGGAUUCAGCAUCCACCCCAAGAACAUAUUUAGAGACCGGCACGCCAGUGAAGACAAUGGUCGCAAUGUCAAAGGGCCCUUUAAUCAUAUCAAGUCAAGCCUCCUGGGAUCCACAUCGGAUUCAAACCUCAACAAAUACAGCACCAUUAACAAGAUUCCACAGCUCACUCUGAAUUUUUCAGAUGUCAAGACUGAGAAAAAGAAUUCAUCUCCACCUUCUUCAGAUAAAACCAUUAUUGCACCCAAGGUUAAAGAUCGAACACACAAUGUGACAGAGAAAGUGACCCAGGUUCUCUCUUUAGGAGCAGACGUCCUACCUGAAUACAAACUGCAGACACCACGCAUCAACAAGUUUACGAUAUUGCACUACAGCCCUUUCAAGGCAGUCUGGGACUGGCUGAUUCUAUUGUUGGUCAUAUACACUGCUAUAUUUACUCCCUACUCUGCAGCCUUCCUCCUCAAUGACAGAGAAGAACAGAAAAGACGAGAAUGUGGCUAUUCCUGUAGCCCUUUGAAUGUGGUAGACUUGAUUGUGGAUAUUAUGUUUAUCAUAGAUAUUUUAAUAAACUUCAGAACAACAUAUGUAAAUCAGAAUGAAGAAGUGGUAAGUGAUCCCGCCAAAAUAGCAAUACACUACUUCAAAGGCUGGUUCCUGAUUGACAUGGUUGCGGCAAUUCCUUUUGACUUGCUGAUUUUUGGAUCUGGUUCUGAUGAGACAACAACAUUAAUUGGUCUUUUGAAGACUGCUCGGCUCCUCCGUCUUGUGCGCGUGGCCAGGAAACUGGAUCGAUAUUCAGAAUAUGGCGCUGCUGUUCUAAUGCUCUUAAUGUGCAUAUUUGCCCUGAUUGCUCACUGGCUGGCUUGCAUUUGGUAUGCGAUUGGGAAUGUAGAAAGGCCUUAUCUGACUGACAAAAUCGGAUGGUUGGAUUCCUUAGGACAACAAAUUGGGAAACGUUACAAUGACAGUGACUCAAGUUCUGGACCAUCCAUUAAAGACAAAUACGUCACAGCACUUUAUUUUACUUUCAGCAGUUUAACCAGUGUAGGAUUCGGGAAUGUAUCUCCUAACACGAAUUCGGAGAAAAUCUUUUCAAUUUGUGUCAUGUUGAUUGGCUCACUAAUGUAUGCAAGCAUUUUUGGGAAUGUAUCUGCAAUUAUCCAAAGACUAUACUCGGGAACUGCCAGGUACCACAUGCAGAUGCUGCGAGUAAAAGAGUUCAUUCGCUUUCACCAAAUCCCCAACCCUCUGAGGCAACGUCUUGAAGAAUAUUUCCAGCAUGCAUGGACUUACACCAAUGGCAUUGACAUGAACAUGGUCCUAAAGGGUUUCCCAGAAUGCUUACAAGCUGACAUUUGUCUACAUCUCAACCAGACAUUGCUGCAAAACUGCAAAGCAUUUCGGGGGGCAAGUAAAGGUUGCCUCAGAGCUUUGGCAAUGAAGUUCAAGACCACCCAUGCACCUCCAGGAGACACCCUCGUUCACUGUGGUGAUGUCCUCACUGCACUUUAUUUCUUAUCCAGAGGCUCUAUUGAAAUUCUCAAAGAUGACAUUGUGGUGGCUAUUCUGGGAAAAAAUGAUAUAUUUGGAGAAAUGGUUCAUCUUUAUGCCAAACCUGGAAAGUCUAAUGCAGAUGUAAGAGCCCUCACAUACUGUGACUUGCAUAAGAUUCAGCGAGAAGACUUGCUAGAGGUUUUGGAUAUGUAUCCUGAGUUUUCCGAUCACUUUCUAACAAACCUAGAGUUGACUUUCAACCUAAGGCAUGAGAGUGCAAAGUUUUCUUUGAUAUAUUUUGGCGAAGAAAACAGUACAAAUGAUCCUGAAGACUCUGCAGAUACCAUAAGACAUUAUCAGAGUUCCAAGAGACACUUUGAAGAAAAAAAAAGCAGAUCGUCAUCUUUCAUCUCCUCCAUUGAUGAUGAACAAAAGCCGCUCUUCUCAGGAAUAGUAGAUUCUUCUCCAGGAAUAGGGAAAGCAUCUGGGCUCGAUUUUGAAGAAAGAGUGCCCACCUCAGGAAGAAUGCACAUAGAUAAAAGAAGUCACUCUUGCAAAGACAUCACUGACAUGAGAAGCUGGGAACGAGAAAAUGCACAUCCCCAGCCUGAAGACUCCAGUCCAUCUGCACUUCAGCGAGCUGCCUGGGGUAUCUCUGAAACAGAAAGUGACCUCACCUAUGGGGAAGUGGAACAAAGAUUAGAUCUGCUUCAGGAACAACUUAACAGGCUUGAAUCCCAAAUGACCACUGACAUCCAGACCAUCUUACAGUUACUGCAGAAACAAACCACUGUGGUCCCCCCAGCCUACAGUAUGGUUACAGCAGGAGCAGAAUAUCAGAGACCCAUCAUCCGGUUGAUGAGAACCAGUCAACCGUUAGCAUCCAUCAAAACUGACCGAAGUUUCAGCCCAUCCUCACAAUGUCCUGAAUUUCUAGACCUUGAAAAAUCUAAACUUAAAUCCAAAGAAUCCCUAUCAAGUGGGGUGCAUCUGAAUACAGCUUCAGAAGACAACUUGACUUCACUUUUAAAACAAGACAGUGAUCUCUCUUUAGAGCUUCAUCUGCGGCAAAGAAAAACAUACCUUCAUCCAAUUAGGCAUCCUUCUUUGCCAGAAUCAUCCCUAAGCACUGUAGGAAUCUUGGGUCUUCAUAGGCAUGUUUCUGAUCCUGGUCUUCCAGGGAAAUAAUUCAUUUUGUACUAUUUACUCCACAUACAAUGUAAGUGCUUUUAAUGGCUGUUUUCCUUUUUCUAUUUAAAUCCUCUCUACUUGACUCAGGGGCUCACAAGGUACCACUAUAUGCAAAAGUACUGUAUAUUUUCCUAAAUUGAAGCUUGUAAGGUAAAAUUGAGCAGUUAGGAUGUAAAUAUACAUAAGAACUUUUGGUUCCAAAUGUUAAAACUGCUAGCAUCUCAUGGCACCUUAUUUUUUAUUUUUAUUUUUUAAAUCACAUGCAUGUUAGGAAACUCCAAUUUCUCUUGCAUGGAGACUCCUAUUUAUUGCUUUUACUAAACCAGUACUUUGAUAUGAAAAUGCCUUCCACGCAAAUAAGAAACUAAGGGAUAAAACUGUUCAUGGAUGCAACUCAGAUUCAGACGAUCCUCAACUCAUGGGAAUUCCAGGGGGAUAAAAGGAACUUAGUCACUUUUGCAAACAGAUUCAGGUCAUUCUGUAUCAAGAUGUGUAAAAUUACAUUCAUUCCUCCACAGUGGAAGAAAAAAUACAAAGUUUGAGUUAUAAACCUCUGACAGUAUAGGAAGCCAUCUCCAAAUACUAAACAUAGGCCAACAUUAAUGAGAACAAAGUCCUUUCUACUUAAAAUUAUGUCACUAAUUGCAUUCACAAACCAUCUAAAGUAUUUUCCACUGGCACAUUUCCUAGAAGGCUUAAAAACACAUUUCUCAUUUUGCUUUUUUUAUGGGGUGAAGGGGUGGUCUCCUUAAGAACUGCUAAACUGACCAACACAAACUGAAAUCCACAGCUUUCUUGUGAUUCCUAUUUUAAAGAAAUCCUGAAUUUGAUCAAAAUAAUGGGCAUACAGCCUGGGCAACAUGGCAAAAAUCCAUCUUUACAAAAAAUUUUUAAAAAUUAGCUGGGUGUGGUAAUUCACACCUGUAAUCCCACCUACUCGAGAGACUUAGGUGGGAGGAUGGGUUGAGCUUAGGAGGUCAAGAGUGCAGGAGGCCUUGAUCACACCACUGCACUCCAGCCUGGACAAUAAAGUGAGACCCCGUCUAACAAAAAAUCGUGGACAUACAUGGUUUUCAAAGAAUGUACGAUUUCAGUGGAUUUGCAUGGCAAAACUAGCUUCCAUUAAAUAUGUUAUUUGAUGUGUACUUCCAGCUAUGGAAAAAGCGUGCCUAGAAAGAAAAUGCACAUACCAUCAGUAAAAUUUCAGUUUUGUUUAGUUAUUCAAACACUUUUGCCAAUUGAAAAUUAAACAAAAAUAUAUUAUGCGUGGAUUGGAAUGAAUAUAUAUUGACCUAAGAAUAUCAGAUCAUACAAUGAAAUAUAUCUUUCAAUUAAAAUAUCUUCAACUGCUAGUUUUUUUGUGAGGAGCAUAUGCCUCUCAUAAAAUUGGGGUGAAGAAAAUGUUACAAUUUAAGAUUCUGAUCAGUCAAGUUCUAGUUAAGAAAUCUUAUUUUUCAAUUCAAGUACAAGUUAAAAAUUAUGAACUCUGAUCCAUUAUAUCUUUUCUUUCAGAACAAAAAUAUUUAAAUUUAUUGAAAGUUUCUUAGUCCAUUAAGAACAUUUUAUCUGUGCACAUUUAAAUGGGUUAAUUUCUAUCCAUUCAGGAUAUUCAAACUUUGACACUGAUCUGUUAAUCAGCUUCAAAUGCAAGCUAUUUAUUUAAAUUUACAAAAACUAUUGUACUGUUUAAAGUGUGAUUAGACUGCUCCCCGUAUAUUUUUAAAUGGUCACAUAUAUGGGUAAUCCAUGUGGAAGGCAAUCUGUAAGUAUAAACUUGUUCUUACUCCUGCUUAAUUUUUGAAAAACCAAAACGUAAAUGUCCAAGUGCAUUAUGCCAAAUGACCAGUCAAUUCAAACAUAUACUAUUACACAAAAGUGUAAUAAUUAUAACCAGUUUCCCAAAUUAUUUGGUGUUACGCAGAUACAAACUUAGGGGCUAACUGAUGCUUUCACUUCCUCAUUCAACAAACAUUCAGUAGGUACCUAGCAGGGAAGAGAAAGUCCCAUAAAUGGCUAACUCUGAUUUAGAGGACUAUUUUGGGAUUUUGUUUCCAUACUAGGACACAUUUUUGCAGCUGCAGCAAAUUUCAUAAGGAUUGCUGGCCUAAGUUCCAGGAACAUUCAGAAUGAAUUCACCAGACAAUGUUCAUUUACAGGGAGAGAGGAUUUGGCAGGUGAGGUAUUGAAAUCUGAUUGAUUAAUGAAUGCCUCAGCUGCAACAUUUGGUAUGACAUGAAUAAAAUCCAGCCUUCCACAUAAAACUUCUGUUUAUAUUUACAAAAACUAAGCAUGAAGAAAUAGGAAGAUGGGGAAUAGUGUGCAAGCACCCAGUUUGUUUAAAUUCUAGCACAACACAAACCUUUUUCUUCAUCCCUUCACAUAAUUGCUUAUAUUAAAAUCUUAACCCUCAGAGAAUUGGACAGGAUUAGGAUGGUCUCUUCCUACAGGACAUUAGCUUAAAAAGAGCCUGAGCAAGAUAAAGAUGGGAUUAGUGGGCAUUAAUGUCAGAAGACUCAAUGGCUAAAGUGACUUAUAGAUGACCAAAGCAAUUAUCUUGAUGUACAAAAUUCAUACCCUUCCCCAGCCAAAAACCUAAUGUCUAAAUGUACCAUCAUCUCCCACCCUUGGUUGGCUGGUGCAAAAACAGUCUGACCUCUCCAUCUAGGGAUCAUGCUGAGGGCCAGGUCGAACUGCUGCAGCCAAUCACAAUUGCAGUGUAGCAAAUGCUUUCCUAGGUAAUUAGAAGCACCAACAUAACACCUUUUGCUUUCCUCCUAAAACUGAUGUUACCUAGUCUCCUGGCCUAAAUAAAAUGUCAUUUAAAAUCUAAAGUUUGUUUGAAUCAGAUGCUCUCCUGCAGUUAUUAAUUGCUGGGUAAAGAGCUGAAACUUAGACUUAUCAUUCUCCCCGAUAAAGGAGUCACAUUCUUUAAUUAGUUGAGAAAACCAGGAAUAAUAAAUGAUGAAGCAAUGUUCUCAUGGGGUUUUUUAAUUAAUAAUAACUCAUUCAACAAACACAGGAAGGCAGGGGGCAGAUUUGGGACAGAAUAGUUUCUUAAGUCCAUUAUACUGUACUGGUCAUCACAGCGGAACUAUCUUACUCUUCUAGUCAGGAAGUAUGGAAAGUAGGUCAGCGCAUUUGGGGUCAGGUUUAAUAUGUUGUGUAAGAGUUGCUUACAAGGUCCUUUUGCAGGUUGAACUUUAGCAAAUGUUUCCAAAAUAACUAGAAAACAAACGUUCUUAUGCAAAUGUCAUUUUAAAACCCCAUCAUAUAUUAUCUAAUGAUAAAAUGUAUCACCUUAUUGGCAUAUCUAAAAUAAUUAUCAUUAAAUAACAACAGUAUCUUUCCUCUAAACUACUUUCACGAUUUAAAAAAAUUCUGCAACAUUAACUUAUAACUUAAUAUUGUAGAGUCUUUAAAGUUCUUAUCUACGGCUAAAACCAAAAAUAAAUAAAUAUAUGUAAGUAAAUUACUUAUUUAUAAAAAUCAAAGUUUUUAUAAAUUAUCAAAAAGUCAAGUUAUAUUUUUACAGUAAAACAAGCAUGUCUCUAUCACGUGAGUUUGAAGAGGAGCUAAAUGAUAGGAUGAUAUAGGACAAUGGUCAUCAAAGUGUGGUCCACCAACCAACAGUACUAGCAUCACCUGGGGACUUGACAGAAAUACAUAUUCUUGGCCUCACCCCAGAUCUACUAAAUCAGAAACUUUAGGGGUGGGACCCAGCAAUUAUCUUUUAACAAGCCCUCUCUGACGUGAUCCUUACACACACUAAAAAUUUGAGAAUUAUCAAUAUAGAAGAGCAAGCAUAGAUUCUGCAGUCAGACCAACUUGGGUUCCAAUACCAGUUCUUUAUCAAUAGCUGUGUGACUUUGAGCAAGUUAAUUCACCUCCCCAAGUCUUUUUCUCGACUCUUCAAAAAUAAGAUAAUGGCACCUGUCUCACAGAAGCUUGAGGAAGAAAUGAGAUAAAAUAUAGUAAAGUGCCUGGCACAUACUAGGUGCUAAAAAAAAUGCUGGGUUCCUUCUUUCUCAUCCAGAAACAUGGCAUUAAAAACAAUCAGGAGAAUAAUUUCCCAAGAUUUAGAUUUUGCACAAUAUGCAGUAUCUCAAAGAAAAUAGCUGUUACCAAGAUAAGUUUUUGAUGCAGAAAAACCUACAUAUAGCUAUUGUUUUCUCUCUCUUAAUUGUAUUUUGCACUAUUAGGUUUAUAGCUUUAAAGUAAUACUAUUUAUAAUAGUGAGAGUAUCAAUCUCCUUAUUAUAAACAUAUCUACUCUGAAUCGAUGUUACAUGCCAAGUAUGUAAAAGUAAUCUGUCGAUCAGUACUACUAGAAUGUAUUCUAUAAAGGCUGGCUCACUGUGGAAGUCCCUCUUUAGAUCUAUGAUUUAGUCCUUAGAUGGAUAUCUGAAUAUACAUUUACAAAAUACAAUUUUGAAAGUAAAUAUAUUAUCUAUUUUUACAGAAAAUAGAAUUUUACAGUUGCAAUGGUUCUUUUCAGACUCCUAGGUCACUCUUCCAUUGCACAGAUAUGUUAUGCAGUCUUAAACUGGCUAAGCUCUUGUGUGGAAUGGUGGAAAUGGCAGGGUACUCAAUGUGGUAAACCUGAAUUCAAAUUCUACCUUCUCCAUUUAUUCUUGGGACAAAUCCAAAGCAAGCUCCAGUAUCCAAAAUUAUAAAAAUGGAGGUAGCAUCUAACAUAUCUUGAAGGGGUAUGUUGAGGAUCCUCUGAAAUAUAUAAGUAGAAAUGCUUUGUAAACCAUAAAGCACGUUAUUUCUUCUUAUAGUAAAUCUAUAAGAUCAUUGUGUGACUUGUGCAUCAUCACAAAGAUAGUGGAAUAUGGUGGUAGUGCAGUAGCACUAUUUAAGGUCUUCUAAAACAUUUCUGUUGCUCUUUCCUUUACCCAGCACAUACAUUCAUAUUGUAUAGCAAAAAUUUAUAAAGUCAUUUUCACAUACCUCCCAAAGAUCUAGUUGCUCAGAGCAGAACGCCAGUAUACAUAGCAUCCUUAUAUUUGUCUAAUAUUGCCUUUGUCCACCAUUCAAUAAUUUAUACGUUUGCAUUCCAGUUGUUUUCUAGGUUUGCAAUAGCUCAUCCUUCUAUCCCUCAUUCCUCAAGUGUUCCCAUUCAAAUUUUCUUCUGUGGUUCUACUUAUAAUGAUGUGAUGUUAAACCACUUUUCAAACUUAAAGGAUCGUGUUUUAAAUGUACAGUAUUAGGUGUUGUGAUUGAUCAGUGCCCAAGUACAAUAAUUCAUCACAUGCAUUUGUGGUACACACACACUUUGGUUAAAUGUCAAAUACAGAAAAAUAACAGAAAGACAUGAAUUAUUAAUAAACAAAAGCAUGAAAAGAAACUACUGUGAGGCUUAUAUACACAAACUAUUACAUGGAGAUUGAGAGAUGACUAACAAGAAGUUAUUUAAAACAUGUUAUUACUAUGAAUACAUUAAAACAUCUAUAGAAAUGCAACGUUCAGAACACAGAACCAUACAAUCGACAAAUUUCAUUGCUCUACCAAUCAUGAUCAAACUUUUAAAUGAGAAUAGCAAGAUUACAGAAAUGCUCCCAAUAAAAUAGUACUUAUUAUGAGAAGUGGCAAUACUAACAUAGUUAUUCUUGAAAAGCUAAUGUCAAAAAUUAGAUGAAUCCCCUAAAUUAUAGUCACUACAUCUUUGACUUCCAUUAAUUUAUAUUUUGAAAGAUGUAAAAUAAUUUGGUAUACCUGUGGUUUUAAAGCACUAUGUUUAACCUAUAUUCUUUGUACUGCCUCUUGUACAUUUUAAUGUUUUUAUAUUGAAAAUAAUCACAACUGUUAGCAUUUAAAUUGUAUUAUUUAUACUGACAUAUAUUGCGUAGCAAUAUAAAAAAUCCCACAUUUUCAUCAUUCUUAUUUUGGGGUAAAAUUAAAGACUCAGUAAUCUUUUCUCCUCAAAGUCCCCUAUAAUAGCACUGAAAUGAUAUGGCAUCUUUCUUCCAAAUGUUAAAUAAGAUUAGAAAUCUUGAGGAAUCUUUAGAUUUUAUCUCCUAGCCACCUACUGAUUUCAAUUAAAGGCACAUUACCUCUUUUUAGCUGAAAUUUUCAUUUUAUAAUUUUGAUGGGAAAAUGUAUUACAUCAGAAUGUUUACCAGUUAAAGAAUAAUAUAUUUCCAAAAAGAAUGUGUGUAAUCACUUGAAAAUGUCAGUCAUCUGAUACAAAGCAGCUCACAUCUGGCUAAGUAGGAAGUACCUUGGAAUGCUUUAUACAAAAUGAAACAAUCUACCAAAACACAUACUAUUUCCUAGUUUUUAUGCACAUAAUGUAGCAUGAAAUCAUAAUGCUUUUCAAAUAUUCUGUGCAGAAAUAUUUAUUUUUUAGCAAAUAUUUUCUUCAAAGAUUGGUAUGUGGUAUUGACAGUGUAAUCUACUUGCACAACUAGUUUUGCAAUAAGCUUCUACAGAUAACUGUAAAUACAAAAAAUGUACAUUUCUUGUAAAAAUGGUUGCAAAUUUUUGGUAGCUAAAAGAAGUGUACAAGUUGUAUUGAAAAUAUAGUAUAUAUACAUAAUUUAAGAAUGAGCAUAUAAUUUCUGAUCUAUUUAUACAUGAAAAAUUCAAGAAUUUGUAAAAGAAAUUAUUUUGAGGAAAAAGAAAGUAAAUCUCAUUAGCUAAGUAGGAUACUUUUACUAGACAAGCCAACUUUUUCCAACAUUUUACUAGGAACAGUGCUAGAUAUAGGCAUGGUGGUGCUGAUGUUAUUUAAUGAAAUCACAUAACAGUGCUACAGCUAUUACAGAGUUCCACCAGGACACUAGCAAGCUAGACUGAGUGGCAAAGAGCAUUAAAUCUAAAAUAGAAGAAUCAUAAUAUUUCACCGAUUAUUGCCUGUUAAGACCACAAUAGUGACUGACUGAAACAUUUAUUGUUUACUUAAAAUUUCUGAUAAACAGGCUUUAACAUACAUGCAAAUAACUUUUUAUAAUGUAUGUUUGCUUCAUUUUUUAACCAAGAAUGAAAACAUCCAGAUAGUUUAUUUUGCCAGAGUUUCAUACUUUCUUAGUUCCUCCCCCAGUUGCUUCUCUAUUAUUUAAGGGGAAAAAAUAUCAAACUACCUUCAAGAAAACUUGUAAAUUACAUUUGUUGGCCAUAAUGUGGCAUGUAAGCUAAGGACUGUUGAGUCUGUUUAGUGGCUUAGAUUUCCUAACCUUCAUCUUUAAGGUUUAAAACACCAAGACAAUAUUUCCCUUUGACAAAUGAAAAACCAAACACAAAUAGAAAAAUUGUAAUGAUAUCUAUAACUAAGGCUGAUCAGAAAAUGAGACUCUAAAUAUGAAGCUAAAUAUUUUAGAACUUACCGUAAGAUAAAUUAUCACCUGCCAUAAUAUAAAUUUGAGGGUACCACAUUUAGAUAGCUAUGGGAAAUUAAAUAUGCAUCCAAAAGUACAGAAAAAUCUUAAAAAUCACUUUUAAAUGGCUUAUAAUUUUCAAAAAAUGAAUGUUUAAUGUUUCUGGUAUAUUCAUACUAGCACUCUUCAGGUUAUCCUUCAAAAAUUGAAUAAUUACAGCAAAAUGAAAUUUGAUUCAGUACAGUCAACUAGAAUGCAAAUAUCUGUAUGCAUAUAUUUGUACAUACUUAUAUUUUUAUGGUUAAGGGAAAACGCUGGGGUACCUCUCACAAUAUGUCAGAAUUAAGACCUAAUAAUUCCUAACAUAAGUGUCCCUGAAUAUUGCUAUUAAAUGAGAAUUUAGGCCAAUUCUCACUCCCUAUAAGCUUUGCAAAUUGCCACCAUCUCUGAUGUUAUAGAAUGGGCACAUCUGAAGAAUGGGCACAUAACUAGCACAUAGGGAAAGAGCUUCCCCAUUCUCUUCCUGUAAGGCACAUCAUAGUGAUGUAGAAGUGUUGCCAAUGUCUACUCACUAUCUAUUCAGAUAUAUAGAAGCACACCUGAGUCUUGAAACUUGCAAAAUAAUCCACAAAGCUGCAUAAGCUACUUGGAUAAAAGGAAUGCUAAGUAUAUAAGAAUCUUUCUUUAUAUGCCAGAAAAACAUAUUUUAAAACACAAACAGAAAGAGAUAUGGCAGGGAAUUAUUUAAAGCACAGAUUUCCCAGCAAAUGAGCUGAUACUAAGACAAAUUUUUCCUAAGUUUCCCAGUGUUUUGCUGGAAAGUAGUUUUAUGCUCAGUAUUCUAAAUUACAGGAAAAGUUUAAUAUAGGUACUAUGUGAUGACCUCAUUCUAGACUUCAAAUUACCUGGGCAGUAUUCAUUUAAAAUUCCAUCUGCACUCAAACCUUCUAAAUAUUUACUAGUUCUAAGUAUUUUUUAUUUGUAUCAUCUAAUAAUAAACUCUAUAUUCUUGGAUGAUACUUUAGCAUUACUUAUUUAUUCCAAUAUGCUUAAUUCACUAUGUAAAUGAUUGAAUUAAGACCAAAAAAUUGGGAUCUUCUAACACAAGUUUUAAAGUAAUAAAACAUCCAUGAUUGCAUUUUAAAGCUUAUGAAACAGAAUAUGCUAGCCUGAAAGAAGUCUUGGAUUUUACUCACCAGAUUUAAUUCACCAGUUAUUAACAAGUUUAUUCCUAUUAAUUUCCCAGAAAAUCAUAGAAAAACAGAAGAAAACAUAUCAUUUAUGAGUUUGUCAAACAUAAAAAGACAAAGAAGAGCACAUUUCUGACAGAGUAUUUAUUUUGUUUGUCCAGUUUAGUAAUAUCAUAAGAUUAAAAGAUAACUUGAUGUCUACAUUUUACUUAAAAGAAAUAAUCACAAAUAAAUUGAUUUUCUGUUAUUUUUUUUAACUCCACAGACUUGACUUUAACAGAUUCUACUUUCUUCUAGGUUAAAUGCCUUUUUUUGGAAAUAAACGUAACUUGACGACAUUUUUUGUUACUUUUUUCUGGAUGCAUGCUUAAAUAGAUCAAAUGAGAAAUCCUUGAAAUUACAUUUAAGUGGACCAAAUUAAGAUUUCCAUAGUAUUGAUUUACCCUUGAUGUAAUUUAAAAUGUGUAAACUGCCACUCAAAAUAGAAGUGCAAUACAUGACACUUAAUCAUUUGGCAGUGUUUUAGUUAGAGGUGAAUUACUGCACUGUUAUUUGAACUGAAGCAUCUCAUAAUAUAUAUGUAACAGAUUUUGUAUGAUAUGAAACUUUACAGCAAGCUAUUUGAAUGUUUAUUAAAAAAAUUCUCAAAAUGACAUGGAAACAUGUUAACUGUAUAAAUAAAAGCACUUAUACAUUAA